CGGCCCAGCACAGUGACGGUCUGGUGAUGUACCUUCACGGUGUGCUUACCUGGCUGGGCUGCCUUGGAGGGAACCCCACAGUGGCCAGCACGCCACUCCAAAAGGAACACCAACCAAAGCAAAAAAGGGCUGAAGACAUGACUGGAAAGUGUGCUAUGAGCCCACAUGCUGAGACAAGGAGAAUGUGAUGGCAUGUGUGGUGGGGAGCUGACUGUGAGCCAUUCCCCCAGCACCCUGCGGUUUGGGCACGCUGAGACACUCAGAACCAGCGACCUUGAUGAUGUGUUGGCAGCAUCCCUUGGCUACACUCCUGUGCAGACUUCACUGUGGCCGGGGCUCACCAUCACCUCACCGUUCUCCACCCCCACUGCAGCUGUACUAGUGGAGGUGCACAGUGGGGGUGCCAGUGUGCGCCAAGAGGGUGCCACCUACGGCCUCAAGGAGGAUGUUUCUAUUGACGAAGUGUUUAACCACAUCAAGAAGGUUUACGGCUCCCGGGCCCAGCGACAUACCCUCUUUAAGCACCUCACUGUCGACACCUCGCCAAAUGACAGUUGGAUUCAUACCAUACCCAAAACAAAGGUACUGGAUUAUUCCCAGGAGCCUGAUGCUUCUUUCCUCCGGGAGAUGGCCGCCUUGGUGACCACGGCACGCACGGCUGAGGAGAUCACGACCAUUCCUCAUGGUGGCCAGGAUGUCAUCUUCCUGGAAGUUAGUGGUAUGGAGCAGCUGGUGAAGAAGUAUGGAGCCAACUCUCCCCAGGUUGAAGAGGCAAGCAGUGUGUUGCGUGCUCAGCUGUCCAAAGUGGUAGAACUAAUGCGUGAAGUAUACAGUGAUCGUGUUGUGGUGAUGAGUGCCACAGUGGAAGAAUCCAAGCAGCUUUCCAGACGUGCCCGCUCUAUACUUCAGGCUGCUGAGACUAAUGAGCCUAAUGUCAACAAAAGUUACUCUUCUGACUACCCAGCCAUCUUCAACAUCAUCCUGUGGCUGAGUAUUAUCCUGGUCUUGGCCAUACUGGCUAUAUCUAUGUCCAUGUGGAACAUGGAUCCUGGUCGUGACUCUAUCAUCUAUCGCAUGACCACCAUGCGCAUGAAGAAAGACAAUUAAUUGCGUCAAAAAGAUAUGUGUGUGUGAUGAUUAUUUUGAGCACAAACAGUAAAUUAGAUUGUUUGUGUGUUAGGGAAAUCAUAUGAUUUGUAUCUUAAAUUUGAGGGAAACUAGUUUUUAUUUAUUUACUUUUAUCUAAGCUUUUGUGGUGUGGAUGUCUUGUAUAAGAUGUAUAAAGGAAAUCAAUGUGGCAGUUUUUAGGUUGAUGUAUAUAUAGUAACCAGAUUUACAGUAUAUGAUAGCACUUUUUUUUUUUUUUUUUUUUUUUUUUUAGAAAAUAGUUGUUGGAUAUUAAAAGUAUUAUUUGGUAAGGACUGCAAAGAUUUAUCAAAGCAAUGCUGUUCAUGAAAAGUUAUUACAUAUUUGCAUAACUGUACAUCAGAUUGUUGAUGAAGAUCAGACAUUCAAGUGAAAAUUGAGAUUGUUAGUAUUAUCUGUUGUAAUUUUAGAUUUUAAAACCACUUUCCUCACUACAACAUUCCAUACUUGUGCUCUCUGCAGGAUAUUUUACAACUUUCAUUUAGUACAUUUCAGAGAUACUAAAUCAGAGCAUAGAUAUUAGUUCCAUUGUUGUCAGUAUGGCAUGUAGUUUUACAGGUUAUAAGGAUAAUGAAAAUGAAUAAAUAAAAGAAGUACAGAUCAUGGCAGAUGUAUGAUAUAAAUCAAUCUCCAAACAUAGAGCAAGUAUCCAUUGUAUUAAAACAUGUGCUGGAUUACACUUAAAUUUCUUAAUCAACUUGAUUAAGUCAGGAAAUCUGAAUCAGUUACCCUUUACACAGAUUUUAUUCUAAAGUUAGGAAAUCUGGAUUAGUAAGUAAGAUCUGUAAGUCUUUAUUACAAUUAUUCUUAACACAAAGUUAACUGAAGGAGACCAGAAUAAGCUACUAUAAUAUGUCAAAUAUAUACAGGCAAUCACUUCAAUGAUUGCUGCUGUGAAUUAUUAAUUAGGGCACACACCUGUGAUGGUAAUACUAACAAUAAUGAUAAUACAUCAGUCAAAGAGAAGAAAAAUAUACUUAAACAUUUGACAUGGCAUGAUCUCAGCAAAAAUAUUGGGAUUUUCUUAUACUAUUAUCGUAUCACAUUAUACCAAUAUAACAUUCUUUCACGCAGUAUCCAUAAAUGUAUUAAUUGGAACAGGUAUGCCUUGUGUGCAACUUGAAAUGGAUAUAAUGCAGGAAGUGCCUGCACUCAAGCAUUUAGUAUUUAAGGGGCUGGUAGAUGUAUACUGUUAUUUAAAUGAUUGUAUAUAUAUAUAUAUAUAUAUGUAUGUGAAUAAAUUGAAAUUGUGGUUCAA